UUGGCGCCUUGCUUGUAUAUGUUUAGAAACCUCACGAAAAUGUUCGUUAUAGGUGUGUGUAUGAAAUUGUUAAUUUCGUGUGCAGACAUGGAUGAGCUAUCGAUCAUUAAGGCGUACUGCAUUAAUGCCGGUUAAUGGUCGAUCAAGCAUUCAUCAUGUUACUACUGUUUCAAGUACAGCUAUGGCGCGGUAUAUUAAAUCAUGCUCAAAAAUGACGCUCGUGUUUCCAUUGACAUCGCGCGAUUUUCGAAAUUAAAAGAAUCGUAUUAGCUGAGCUAUUUCGUUACGAGUUAUACUCGGAAGUUUAAAUAUGGCGGAUAGCGGCUGAAUUGUUUGCAGUGUGCAAAUUACAAUUUCGGCAAAAUUGGUUGUGUUACUAUCAUGUACGAAUAUCCGACAGACAGUACAAUUACGAGUUCAUCGCAGGUGUUCAGUCAAGCAAAUGGAUCUCAUUGCCAAAUACCAAGUGACAUCUUCAUUAAGCAGGAGUACAUUGACUAUUCGUUCUGCGAUGAAUUCCUGCCGUAUUGUGAGCCAUCCAGUUUUGGAGAACGGCUGAGUUCUGUAAAUUCUAAGAUGGGGUCCAAUUUUAAACUGGAGAAUGGAGACAUAACGACCAUCACAAUACCAGAAGAUGAACUUAAUUCCGUGAACGCACAGCUGGAUGCCAUAUUGGAAGCGGAGAGAGUGUGUUGUCCAGCACCGCUGCUGGUGCCUAAGAAGGAGCCGGUGUCUGUAGAGUGUGGAGUGACAAACGACACGAAGCCGGAGACUGCAGCAUUGGUUCCACUUAUACCAAAGGAAGAACCACAAGAAGAUUCUGUCGGGGCAGCGUCAGACGGUUCGUGGUUUGUCCAGGACAUCAGUGAAAACCGAAGCGGAAUCCAGAACAGAGGCUCGAGUGGCAACCUAGCUGCCGGGCUGUUUCCUACCUCACUGCACCUCCCGGGACCGCAGGCCGACGGCCGACACCGCUGCGUCAGCUGCGAGGCGUCGUUCGAGACGGCGGCGGCACUCGAGGUGCACGCAAAGUCACAUGCCGGUGACCUGCGCUGCGGAGUGUGCGCGCGGCCGUUCCUCCGUGCAGACAAGUUGCGGGCACAUGCGCGUGUGCACACCGGUGAGCGGCCGUACCGCUGCGGUGUCUGCGGCAAGUGCUACAAGCAGUUUGACUACCUCAAGAUCCACGCACGCGUGCACACGGGCGAGCGGCCGUACGCGUGCGACUCCUGUCCCAAGACGUUCGCGCGCGCCGAUAAGCUCAAAGUGCACCGCCGCGUGCACACGGGUGAGUGCCCGUACCGCUGCCAGGCGUGCGGACGUGCCUUCAAACGGCUCGACAACCUCAAGUCGCACUCUCGCGUACACACAGGCGAGCGGCCCUUCGGCUGCCGCACCUGCGGUAAGGCCUUCGCGUCCUACGAGAAGCUCAAAGUCCACUCUCGUACGCACACAGGCGAGCGACCUUAUGCCUGUGAGGUAUGCCAGAAGACGUUUGUCAGCUCAGGUAACCUGCACGAACACCGGCGGGUGCACACGGGUCGGAAGCGCUACUCGUGCGGUGUCUGUGGCGACUCGUUCGGCACGGCCGGCCGGUUGAGGGUGCAUUCGCGUUCCCACGUCUACCUAGCCACAGCCGUAGUUGAAGCCGUGCAGGCCCUGGUGUGAGGGACACGGGUUCUUGACGAUGACAGUGUGUUCUGUGCACCUCACAGUCCUACCGGUGCAGCUCGCAGAGUACGAAACCUCGUGGAACACCACAUCACUUACUACGGUUAGUGACUCUGAGUCAAUUCGCACAUCGCUGAGCUUGUCGGAGUGCACAUAAAAUAACUUGGCCCGUACCUGCAUGAAUGGCACUGAGAGAUUUCAUUAGGGCAAACAACCCUUGCACUUUGGGGAUUUGCAGUUUGACCUACAAAUGCACACGUCACAUAAUUCGUAAGAUACUGUCAGUGAACAAUGGUAUUAACAGGUUGUGUCAGUGUCGUUGUGGUUUUCAGUUGGAAACUGGUUUAGUGCAGCUCUCCACAUCUAUCCUGUGUAAACCUCAUCUCUGCAUAUCUACUGCACCCUAAAUCUAGUUGAACAUGCCAACUGUAGUCCAGCAGUCACACUCCCUUCCAUUACCAAAUUGACAAUUCCUUGAUGCCUCUAGAUGAGUCUUAACAACUGAUUCCUUGUUUUAGCCAAAUACUGAGACAAAUUUUAUUCUCUGAUAUGAUUCAGUGCCUUGUUAUUAGUUAUUUGAUAUACCCAUAUAAUCAUCAACAUUGUUCUGUAGCUACUGAUCCCUUCUUGUGUGAACUGCUUAUCAUCCAUGUUUCACUUUCAUCCAAGGCCACAAUCCAGACAAAUAGCUUCAGAAAAAACUUCCUAGUACACAAACUUAUAUUCAACGUUAAUAGUAUGUCUCUUUCACAAAUACCAGUCAUAUCUACUUCCGCCAUCACCAGUUAUUAUACUUCCCAAAUAGCAAAACCCAUAUACUACUUUAGUGCAUGAUCUUUAGACCAGUAUUAUCAGUAUCGCCUAUGUUCGAUUAACCUUGUUUCACUUUUGUUGAUGUUUAUUUUAUAACCUAUUUUCAAGACAUUGGCCAUUCCGUUCAACUCUUCUUCCAAGUCCUUUGCUGUCACUGACAGAAUUACACCAACUUUACCACUUGCUCAAUAUGCAGAUUGAAUAAAUUUGGGGACGGGCUACAACCCUAUCCCAAUACCACUAUUUCCCAUUCAUUUCCUUUGGCUCUUAUAACAGCAGUCUGGUGAGACAAACAAUUUGACAAAUAUACACAUUGAGAGUUAGUAGCUUCUCACUAGA